CGAAUUUGUUUAUAUUUUGCGUCGGCGCCACUUUGUUCAUGGCUGGGGAAAAGCAGACUUGUUUUGAGAAAUAAUCCGCCAUGCAGGACAUCUUGGCUAAUGUCCCCAAGCGCCUUUUGCUGGCAUAUAUAUUUGACUGGAUCGUGAUUAUUGUUGUCGCGAUUAUUGGAUAUGGAUUUUCCAAGGCAACUCCAAACUCGAAUCCAUUUUCCCUAACUGACGGGUCCAUUUCUUAUCCUUUUAAGAAGCAUGAGACUGUACCGAGCCAUGUGCAGGUGUUCAUCUCGCUGGUCGGCCCAGCUACCAUUAUUGCGUUGCUUGUUCUUGCUUUGAUCCCGGGCUCCGCAGUGAGUAGAAAUGCUCCUCGGUCCCUGAAAUGGAGAUACAGGAUAUGGGAAUGCAAUGCAGGGUGGAUGGGACUGGCAGUGGCUCUUGCCGGUGCAUACACGGCCACGCAUGGCUUAAAGAACUUGGUCGGUAAACCACGCCCGGACUUUCUGGCUCGCUGUGAUCCGGAUCUUUCCAAAAUCACUGCCUAUGCUGUUGGUGGUUUGGGCCAACAACUUGAAGGUGCUCCUACGCUAGUGACUUGGGAGAUAUGCCAGAACAAAUCCAAUAAAUUGAGGUCAGCCGGAUUCUCGAGCUUUCCCAGUGGGCAUUCAUCUUGUAAGUUUGGUGGAAGUCCGUGAAAUCAUAUUACAAACCAUUGACAUGGCAUCAAGUUGCGUUUGCAGGAAUGACAUAUUUGACCCUCUGGCUAUGUUCCAAGUUUUCGAUCGCGUUCCCAUACCUCGC